AUGUCGACGUUGUCCGGGAAGACGUUGUCCGGGAACGACCCGGACAGGUAUCAGAAGCAGAAGAAGGCGGCGGCGGCGCGCGAGAGGCGAGAGCGAGCCAAGAUCGAGAAGCACAUCGAGCAACGCAACGAAGCCUUUCGCGUGCGCUCCGACGGCCAGGCGCGAGGCGACGCGGCGACCGUGCGGGCUUCGCAGCGAGCGGUAUCCAAGACCGCCGAUUCUUUGCCGGCCGAUCCGUACCAGGCGGGCGUCGUGCUCGACGCCGUCGUGAAGAGGUACCCGGAGGCGGCGGCCUCCGUCGGCCUGCGAACGCAGUCCGACGUCUCUUUGGCUGAGGAGCUGCUCGGGCGCGUGCGCAAGUCACUCGCGGGCAUCUUCGCGACGGACGGGAAGCGGUCGCGCGGGUCGCUGACGAACGACGAGCAUCAGGCGGUCGACACCCUGCUCGUCUUUCUGGCGCAGGAGGAGGAGGGCGAGGCGCUGCAGCGCGGCCGACACGCGAAGAAGGCGAAGGCGGACGGCGGCGAGGUGCCGGUCGCCAAGGUGUCGCGCGUGCGCGAGAUCGCUGAGCUGCUCGGCAUGUCGCCGUCCACCACGCACCGCCGCCUCGUUGCGGCCCUCGAGCGGCGGCGCAAGCUGGAUGACCCCGAGCUGCGGGCGUAUUGGCUUGCAACGCGGACGCUGCUCGGCCACCGGCACAGUGACGAGGUGAAGCGCAUGGUGCUCGAGUUCUACGUGGCGCACCCCUCGAUCAAGCGCUCGCCCAUCAAGUCCGACGUGCUGAAAUUCAAGGACGACCAGGGCGAGGACAUCUUCGUGCCCAAGCUGUUGAGCGAGGUCUCGCUGACGGACGUGUACCUCGACUUCAAAAAGGCCAACCCGAACGUCAUCAUCGGCGAGGCUGCCUUCCGGAAGCUGAGGCCACGCGAGCUGCGGCGCAUGACCAAGCGCCACUUGGACAUGUACUGCAUCGAGUUCCGGCUCCAGCACCAGGCCCUGAACCGGGCGCGCGCGUCGCUCGCCAAGCGGCACGGCGCCGGCUACACGGCCGCGUACGACCACGCCGCGCCCAAGGACGCCGUCGCUGCCUCGCUGUGCCAGCCAUGCGACGCGACGGGCUCGGCGAGCCUGACAAACACUCUAGGCGGAUACUCUCCGACACAUUUGCUCGAGGGGCACCUGCCACCGGCAAAAAAACCAACCCCGCUACACAUUACAGUGUAUGAGACACGUGAGGUGGAGACGUCGUACGUCGACGAGACCACCGGCGACCGCAAGAAGACGUCGAAGCUGAUGCUGGUCGAGAAGACCGUGCCUAUCGGCGAAUUCAUGCAGCAGUACCGAGAGAAACUGCAAUACUUCUGCUUUCACAACCAGAUGGCAAAGUGGACCUGGAUGGUGCGCAAAGACAGGGCGGCCAUUCGGAAAGGUGACCUCUCGCUGAUCAUGGACUACUCGGAGAAACUCAACCGCCUGCGCAGGACGCAGAUUCAGACUGAGCAUUGGGUCAAUACCGCUAUCACUAUCGAGGUGGCUGUGGCUGAGGGGUUCAAGGCGACGAUCCCGGCGGACGACCCGGUGCUGGCCGGGCUCGCCUCCAUGUCGCCUGAGGAGCGGGGCAAGGAGCUCGACUCGCUCGGUGUGCUAGAGAAGCAGAUCUACUACCACUGCUCUGACUACAAGGCGCAAGAGGCCAAAGUGACGACGCACAACAUGCGUGUCAUGCUGGAUGAGCUGCUGCAAGCGAAUGUGCUACUAGACGGGGGCACUGUGUGGCUCAAGACGGACGGGUGCGCUAAACAGUACAAGUGCAGCAAAGCCAUGUACCUGCUCUGCGUGCUAGUCGCUGACCUGCGGGCGAAAGGGAAGCGUGUGACCAUCGACCAGAUGCUGGAGGUCACGGGGCACGGCAAGGACGAGGCGGACGGGCACGGGGGUGUGUUUAAGAACUGGCUCACCGGCGAGAUGAUGCGGUCGGACUUCAUGGAGGGGGACGAGUCGGUCGUCGCCUCGUCUGACGCAAGGGAGGGAGAGGCUGUCAGCUUCGCAGAUGCGUGCGCGAAGCGCGCGCGUGAGGGUUUUGGCGACCUCAAGCCGGCCGGGAUGAACUCCAAGCGGCGCGAGAAGUCGAACACCGCCAAGCGGCACGUGCGCACCUACGAGGAGCACGACAUUCGUGACGCGCCCGCCAUCAAGGAGAUGACCGCCGCGCUGGCUGCCGACGCGGAGGAGGGCGAGGACUCGAGGAUCAAAGCCACGCUCGGCCACAACAACUUCCGGGCGGACCCCGACCUGCAGAAGGACGGGAAGUACGUCAUUGCCGCGCGGCGGCUCGGGUGCCUUUGCGACGGCUGCCGCCGGGCCCUGGCGCGGCCGAUCGCGACGCGCUAUCAGCCGCACGACGACUGCGUGCACGCCGCAGCCUUUGGGCGCGACAACGACUGGAAGCUGUGUGAGCUAGUGAGCAAGGACGGGGCGUCGGAGGAGCUCAUCGAGGAGGACGCGCAGCUGCAGCUCGAGGCGCGGACCGACGGGGUGGUGAGCGGGUUGGUGGCGGGCGAUAACAUCGCCUUUGCGACGGCGGACGAGGUCUACUACGCGCGGGCGCUAGGGCCGGCGUACCGGCUCGACGCGGACGUGGAGCUCGAGGAGCUUGAGGGCGGAGACGGCAAGGCGAUUCAGCUAGAGAAGGGGAGCCUCGUCAUCGACGCCUGGUACUACAACAAGGUCCCUGGCGUGAGCAACUGGAUGACUCCUUUUGAGGAGGGCGCGGCGGGAGGGCGGGUGCGCAUCCCGUCGCACCUCAUCCUUCACGCCGGGUUCGCCAUGCCGCUAGCUGUCGCACCUGCGCGGCCGGCUAACGGGAGGAAGAAGAAGAAGGCCUGGGGGCUCCCUGAGGCCAAGGCCGAGGCGGUGGCUAAGGGUGCGGUGGUGGUGUCGGCAGAGGUGCGGGCGGCGUGCGUAGAGGAGUUGUCGCGCCGCGACGAGUAG